AUGGCGGAUGCGAGCUUUGUGAAUCCCCAAAAUGGAUUUUGUUCAAAGACCAAUAUCUUUCACAGCCUUCGGUCGUCGGCUCCUCUCCCUCCUCCUUCACAACCCCUCUCCAUCACCGACUAUACCCUCUACCUCCUUCGAUCAAACCCUUCAUUCUCACCCUCCACCACUCCGUUCCUUAUUGACAGUGCCACCGGCCACCGUCUCUUCUACUCUGACUUCAUCCGUCAAUUUCAAUCUCUCUCCGCCGCUCUCGUAACCAAAUUCCCUUCCCUUGCAAAAAACCAAGUCGCCUUGAUUGUAUCCCCACCGUCCUUUCACAUUCCUGUACUCUACUUCUCCCUUCUAUCCCUCGGCGUCACCGUCUCCCCCGUUAAUCCGAUUUCCACCGAAUCGGAGUUAGCGGACCUUGUUCGACUCAGUAAUCCUGUAAUCGCCUUCGCCAUUUCCUCCGUCGCUUCUAAACUCCCGUCGUCAUUUCCUUUAGGCACAAUCAUCAUCGAUUCUCCUCAGUUCCUUUCCAUGUUACAAAAUCCUCGGUCUAGUUUUGGUUUUCCACAAGUUAAACAAUCCGAUACGGCCGGAAUUCUCUACUCCUCCGGCACAACCGGUAAGAUCAAGGGGGUGGAAUUAUCCCACCGGAAUUUCAUCGCCAUCACAUCCGCCUCACACCAAGACAAAUUCGCGAAAGACGAGAAUGCCCCUCACCCUGUCUCAUUGUUUCCUCUGCCAUUGUUUCACGUCUUCGGAUUCUUCAUGUUGAUCAGGGCCGCAUCAUUGGGCGAGACGUUGGUUUUCAUGGAGAGGUUUGAUUUCGUGAACAUGUUGAAGGCGGUGGAGAAGUACAGAGUCACGUACAUGCCGGUUUCGCCGCCGCUAGUGGUGGCGUUGGCGAAAUCCGACGUUGUCCCUAAAUACGACCUGAGUUCACUUCUAUUAAUCGGCUGUGGUGGUGCUCCGCUCGGAAAAGAAGUCGCCGGAAGCUUCAUGGCGAGGUUUCCCCAUGUGGAGAUCGUUCAGGGAUAUGGUAUGACUGAGACUGGAGGAGGGAUUACAGGAAUGAUUGGGCCGGAUGAGUGUCAACGUUAUGGAUCUGCUGGUCGUUUAUCCGCCAAUGUAGAAGCUAAGAUAGUUGAUCCAGAAACUGGUGAGGCUUUAUCUCCAAUGCAACAAGGAGAACUGUGGCUACGAGGGCCCAUGAUCAUGAAAGGUUAUGUUGAAGAUAAGGAAGCAACUGGUGCAACUUUGGACUCCGAGGGGUGGUUAAAGACUGGUGAUCUUUGUUAUUUUGAUUCGGAUGGUUUUCUCUAUGUCGUCGAUCGAUUAAAAGAACUAAUCAAGUACAAAGCUUAUCAGGUUGCACCAGCUGAAUUGGAGCGUUACCUUCAAUCAAUUCCACAAGUUGCAGAUGCUGCUGUGAUUCCGUAUCCAGAUGAAGCAGCAGGGCAGAUUCCGAUGGCGUAUGUAGUGAGAAGAGAUGGAAGCAAAAUCAAGGAGGCCGAAAUAAUGGAGAUAAUAGCAAAACAGGUAUCACCGUACAAGAAGAUCAGAAGAGUUGCAUUUAUAAAGGCAAUUCCAAAAACAGCAGCAGGAAAGAUAUUGAGAAAGGAGUUGGUUAAGCAUGCUGCUGCUGCUUCUGCUAACAAACUCUAAAGCUUAUACUACUGAUGCUUUCAAAAUCCAUUUUCUUUAUUUCAGAAAAACAAUAAAUACAUUAUAUAAUUUUUGUAGAUUACCAGAGCCAUCAAUUUUCAGUUAUUUGUCUUUUUUACUUGUUAAAUUUAGUGCUCGGAUUUCUUAAUUUUAAAUGACCAUUUUACCCCCUUUGUCUCUCUGAAAUAAACAACUGUUUGCUAAAGGUUUUGAAUAUAUGAAAUUUUAAGCACAGAGUUUGGUCAAUUGUGAUUUUUUUUUUUUUUGAGUUCUUGAAAUGUUCCAAAAAUCUUCUUUAAACUGGAAACUACAGAUAGAACUCCAAGAACCAAGGCAAGAUUUUGAGAAUGAAAUUAGUAACAGGAAGAAUAAUCCAUAGAUGUUAUCUCAUUAAGCUGUUACAGAACAGGCCCAGACCCUUAGUAUCGAUUCCUGAAAACAUAGAUGUUAUACAGCUCAUUAAGCUGUUACAGAACAGGCCCAGACCCUUAGUAUCGAUUCCUGAAAAGAUAUUUUUACAUGUAAAAAUUAAGUUUCCAUUUGUUGUUUGAAGGUCGAUCAAGAUAUAUUAAAAAAUAAGAUACAAUACGAGCUCAAACAACUUUCAUGGAGCACAAAAAACAUAACCCUCAAAAAUGAAAAACCAAUCACAGCCAAAACUACUCACACGUGUGCUCGAAUCGAAACAUGCAUCUAGCUUUUGGAACCUCAAAU